AGAGGCACAGAAGGAGCCUGCGAGGAGCUGGGAAAUACACACACAACAGCAGAUCCACAACACCCUCCCCUGGACACACCCUACUGGGGAUCACUGCUUCUCUUUUUUUUUUCUGAACCAUCGCCCACGCCACACGGAGAGAAAUCUCUCUCUCAUCAUCAUCCUGAAGAAAACCCCCUUCUCCUCAUUUUCACACUACUGAGGAAACCUACAAUCGCACGGGCUGAGAUUUCCUGGGCGAAGACUGUCGUUUUUCCUUUUUCUUUUUUUUUUCUUUUCGUUUGGAAAACCGACAUCUGCAUUUCUCGAGCCACACCACGGCGUGAUAUCUCUGCGAGUCGGCCUGAAGACCUGCAAAUCGAAGGACCUAGAUCACUAUCAUCUUUGUACAUCAAGAAUGGUUACUAUAAUUAGCACCAUGGAAACUCAGGUGUCCAAUGGUCCGAGCGGAAACAGCCUGCCAAACGGCCCCGUCAUUAGCACUAACGGUGCUGCGGACGACAGCAAAACCAACCUGAUUGUCAACUACCUGCCUCAGAACAUGACCCAGGAGGAGUUCAAGAGCCUGUUCGGCAGUAUCGGAGAAAUCGAGUCCUGCAAACUAGUCAGAGACAAGAUCACAGGCCAGAGUUUGGGUUACGGCUUCGUAAACUACGUGGAUCCCAACGAUGCCGACAAGGCCAUCAACACGCUCAACGGUCUCAAACUGCAGACCAAAACAAUCAAAGUGUCCUACGCCAGACCCAGCUCAGCUUCCAUACGUGAUGCCAACCUGUAUGUGAGCGGUCUGCCCAAAACCAUGAGUCAGAAAGACAUGGAGCAGUUGUUUUCCCAGUAUGGAAGGAUCAUCACUUCACGCAUCCUGGUAGACCAGGUCACAGCAGGUAUAUCGCGCGGAGUAGGUUUCAUUCGGUUCGAUAAACGAAACGAGGCAGAGGAGGCCAUCAAAGGCCUGAACGGUCAAAAGCCGCUGGGUGCCGCCGAGCCCAUCACCGUGAAGUUCGCCAACAACCCCAGUCAGAAGACGGGACAGGCCCUGCUCACCCAGCUUUACCAGACAGCUGCUCGCCGCUACACCGGCCCUCUGCACCACCAGACUCAACGCUUCAGACUCGACAAUUUACUAAACGCCAGCUACGGAGUCAAGAGCUCUCCUUCUUUCCUCCCCAGAUUCUCCCCAAUAACCAUUGACAGCAUGACCAGUCUAGCCGGCGUCAACCUGACCGGGCCCACUGGAGCUGGCUGGUGCAUCUUCGUCUACAACCUGUCCCCGGAAGCUGACGAAAGCGUCCUGUGGCAGCUCUUCGGGCCGUUCGGCGCCGUCACAAACGUCAAGGUCAUCCGUGACUUCACCACCAACAAAUGUAAGGGCUUUGGCUUUGUCACCAUGACCAACUACGACGAGGCAGCCAUGGCUAUCGCCAGCCUGAACGGCUACCGCUUGGGCGACCGUGUCCUGCAGGUCUCCUUCAAGACCAGCAAGCAGCACAAGGCUUGAAGGAAGGCCUAGUCACUACUGCUCUUUAACAUGUAGGGGGAGCUACUGAGCUCCCUGUACAUUCACUCUACAUGGGCCUGGACUGAGUCUCUCUCUAACACACACACACACACACACACGUUUAGUUGUUUCGAACAAAAAAUACACAAGUAGAGUUGUUUUUCUUUUCUCUUAACACAACAUGCUAGUCCUUCCCAAUGUUUGCCUGUAUUGAAUUAGCAGAGGUGUGAAGCGAGGCUGGGGAAAUCCAUGAGGAGGGACAGUCUAAUGAAUGUGACAGAGAAUGUCUGCAGAGAUUUAAUUUAAUUCAGGCAAAGUAAGAACUGGUCAAAGAAAAAGAAAAUCAAAUAUGUGCAAUUUACCCAAAACAUUGCCCCGGUAACUCUCCUGUCUGGCUUCAGAGGAUGUAGUCACUUUUUUUACACUUGGGCAUUUUGAAUCAGUGAUUUUUUUUAAAGAGAAAAAUGAUUAAAAACAGUGUUCUCAUAUAUAUUAUGAUAUAACUAUAUAUUCAACAUUUAAGGUGGUUAUAUAGCCAAAAAUGUAAGCAUUUUCUAGAACUUUGAAUACGGUUUCCUGGCUCUACAUUAGGUUGCAACCUUGCCUUAUGGCACCAAACACACGUCUUACUCGAGGUUCAAACCCAACAGCAACUGAACAAACUGUGUGGAUGGUAGUCACAAAUCGAGAGGUCAUCCGGGGGUCAUCACAAUCACCUCAGCACGCCGAAAGACAACUUUCAUCACAGAGACACUCGCACACCAACACACACACACACACACGGACCUCCACCGGAGGGCAUAGCGAAACUUCACAAAAGGUGGCGACCUAGAAUCUCCUUGUAUCUUUCCACUCUGAGUUUAAUAGUUAGAAUUUAGAAUCUAUUCCACCACAUGCAGUUGUCUGUGUAACUAGGGGCAUUCCGACAGUGUUCCCAUGGCGAUGGCAUAUCCACAAAAUCCAGAACUGUAUUAGAUGAUUUUAAACAGCUUUGAAUGGCUUGAGAGUAGGAAAGGCCCUGCGUCAGCUCUUUGAGACGUACAUGUGAGCCGUUAUGGAGGUCAGGGGCCACUGGGAUUGGUCGCCCUUGCUCUUCAUGACCUCUCAGAUACAUUUAGCUCUAUUCACUAAAAUCAAUCCCAUUAUUAUUCGCAAAACUGUUUUUUUAGCAGCCCCAGCAUAUCUAAAACAGCUACAUAUCAAACAUAAAAUCUAAAUUUUGUGUCCUCAAGCCCCUUUUAAGCAAGUCGCAGCCACAUGAGCUAAAAACAAAAAGAGAAUCUUUUUGCAAAAUACUCGAAAUAUUCCCUAGAUACAACAACGACAAUGCCCAAGCUGUCUACAGCCCAGUGAUAAAACAAACUAAACCGUUCCAUGGGGAGAGACAUUGCUGUAAAAAUCGCAAAACUUCACAUCAUAUGAAGAAAAGAACUGAAAGAUGUAAAUGUGUGUUCAAAUCAAGUGACAUUUUGCUUUUCUAAAUAACGCUGUGUUAGCCAAAGAGGACAAUGAUCUCUUUGAAAGGAUUACAUUAGAGAUUAAUAUAUUUUUAUAUCUACGGAAAAAAAAAAAACAAGACCUUGUGCGACAUUUUUACAGAUUCUUAAAUCGUGGAAAUCUUUGGACACACCGCAUGGCUUUUAUUUUCAGAGUUUUCAACUUUGGGGACAGAGGGCCAGUCUGCGGUGUAAAGGGAGGGGAUCAGAGGGUUGGGGACUAAGACUUACAUGCAAUGAAACCAUUUCAUUUUCAAAAAUACGAAAAAAAGAAAAAAAAGAAAUACGAAACAUUCAAAAAUAAAAAAGAUUCAGCAGACAGGCAAAUGUAUGCAUUACGUAAGGAAAAAAUGACGCUAUGGUUUCUCUAAAGUGAAAAAUGUUGCUUCAAUGACGGUGCAGUGAAGCUCUAAUGGCGUCACAACAACGAAAACCACGAACACCCAGAGCAUUUCAUCUCGUAUCGGCAAAAAGACGAAAAAAACAAAAACGCUUCAGCAUUUACAGUGCGCCAAAAAAGUUAAGAAAUUGACAAUACAAUGUAGCUGCACUUAUCAAUGUAAUCAAAUCUCACACAAUAAUCCAUAGUGAAUUAUAUUCGCCAGUAUGUCACCACACGAGGCAAAUGUCUAUCACUGUAGGCUACUGUUUACAUUUUUUUCUUGUUUAUUUAAUUUCUGCAACACAUAUCUUCUCUAUUCCACCUUCAUAUCAACAACACCUGAUUUUGCUCCUAUGCACAAGCACUAACCAACCGAGGGAUUUUAGCUGUCACUGAUGAAGGGAAAAAAAACAAAACAAAGUCAGUCCGAAACAUUUAGCAAGAGUGUGACCGCACACGCACACACACAUAUAUUAUAACAUAUCAAAGUGUCUCUAAACUCUUUCCAUUCACAUUGUAUAAAAACUGUGAUAUACCUUGAACCCCUCUCAGCUUACAACGCCACAUAACAACACAUUUUUCUUUCGCUAACGCAACUCAUAUCCUGGUGGUGUGCCCUAGAGGAGACAAAAAUCCGAAAUGUAAAGAUUUACCCACCCUCUAAAACGAGCAACGGGGUAGAUAGUGACCAGGGCAACCCAGUAGUGUGCCUGGCGUCCGAAAUGGGGGGGAGAGGGGGGUCUUUAGCGUCGUGUCCCAAACGAACCCUUUAGCUACACCACUUACCCCAUUCCCUCUGAGAGCCAAGGACAAUGGCAGGAAACAAACAUACUGCACCGCUUGAGCAACUUCAAUAAUAAUCAUUUAAAAAAAAAAGACAAAAAAACUUUCCUAUGGAACAGUAAGUGCAAUGUGCUUCGUUUUUAUAUUGACUGAGAACAAAAGAUAUAUAUAUUUUUUAAAAAAGAAAUUAAACGUCACACACUGAAAUGGUUUGCAGAAUAGUGAAAGGAUCAAAUGUACUAAUGAACAACAACAAAAUGAGAAAAAAAAGUGUUAACUAACAGAUUCAUUAGAAGAAUCAAACAAGCACCAAGAGCUCUGGUCUCUAAAAAUGUCCAUUAUCCCUUCCUCCGCCCCCUUAUUAGUGCUCUAAAACAAACAGCCGUCUAUGGCACCGAAAAGAGCAAAAUCUAAAAGACCGUGAAAGGAAUACCGUCUAAAAUAUCAUCGGUUUUAGCCCAUGUUGAUUUCAGAAUAUCAUUUUUCCUGUAAUUUAUUGAUUUCCUUUUCAUAUCAGAAUCACACGUUAACUUAGCGUAUUUGUGUUGUUGAUGUUGCCAUAGAGACACACACGUGGGUCGAAUAUUUCGUUUUGUUUCCUUCUAUUGGGUACGAUUUCUUAUAUUUGUUUCCAUUAUUUAUAAUUAGUUGCCGUUCUUACAGUGUAUGCAGGUUUUAGAAUUAGUUAGAAUUAUUUCUUUUCAAUCAAAAUGUGUUUAAUUGUGUUUGUAAAAGUCUGUGGUAGCUUUCGUUGCAACAUAAAUAAUUUAAACUGAAAAAAAAAAAAUCAAUAUAGCGCCAAUGAACUUGUAUUAUUUGGGCGACUUUAAGCUUGUAGUUUUAACUUAUUGUUAACUUAAAAACUAUUUAUUAUCAUUAUUAUUAUGAUUAUUAUUAUUGCCUCGUAUGAAAGUAUGUUUUGUGUAUAUUUAUGGUUUAUUUCAUUAUAUUUGCAAGUUUAAAUACUUUUAAUUUUGCCAAAAUGUGGUUACACCUUUUUUGUUUUUCUUUAAAGGGAACAAAUAGAUUAAAAAAAUAAAAUAAAAAAAAAAACAAAAGAAAAAAAAACUGCUUUAGAAUUACAAUUUGGGAAAAGUUCUCCAUAGGCAAAGAAUGCACUGCUAUAUUAAACUAAUUGAAGUGUAUAAACAUACAUGCUGUGUGCUAGAUGUUAUGCCUUUAAUGCCUGUGUUUUGUUUGUCUUGUUAUAUGAAAACGUUUUGAUUAUUUAAUCUAAUCACAGUCUUGUUUUUCCAGCCACUAUCAGAACCCCGUAGCGAAUCAGGGCCCGGGGCGGGUCUACGCUCUCGUCCCGCAGCCAGGCCCUGGGCUCAGCGUCCCUCGCCAAACACCCCUCACCCCGCUGCCAUACAGACCCGCGACUAAGAGAGCGCUCUAGGAAAUAAAUUGAGUCAUUUGGGGGGGGGUUGGGGGCGCAGCGGGGGAGAUGGGACGGGCGAUGGCGCUGAGCUAGAUAAAGGGGUCAGUGGUCACUCUGUUUCUCAACCAGUUGUAUUUUGUGUCGGUUAAUUUAGGAGGGACACAGAGUUACUUAGCAACGUUCUUCUGAAACCAUUUUCCAGGAAUAACAGAAUAAAACAAACAAACAACAACAAUAAUAAAAAAAAAACGAUCAAAAUGAUCUCAGUGUCUGUGUGUCACGAAUAAAAAUCUCAUACUUCCAAAACAUGAACAAACGAACAAACACACAACAAAGGGGAAAAAAAAUAAACCUUUCAGUUUAGUUUAGGAUAUUUAUUACUGGGAUUUCAGCUGAAGACGCUUGAGGACUUUUUCAUGGAAUUGUUUAAUUAUUUGUACUUUACAUGCCAGAAAAAAUAAACGAUAUGAAUCUCU